AUGCCUGGUAUUAUGACUGAUGCACCUACCGAAGAUGCAAAGGAGAGGAGUAUGCCAGUGGUAAAAUCAAUACUUUCACAUGAUCCUGCUUCACAAGCAUCGUCGUGUCUAGCAGCCUUACCUAAAGUGACAUUUGUCAGUGUCGAUGUUGAUAACCCGACGUUUUCUACAGAUUCUGCUCUUCUUUCUGCUAAAACAAAAACGGACUCCCCAAUUCUGCGACCGCCACCUCUCUUUACACUGGUAAACCCAUCCACUAGCGCUUCCGUAUCCAACACCAAUGAUUUAAGUACUCAUAAGCGACCCUUGACCUUGCUUCAGCGCCGAAACCGAGAAAAAAACGGUAUGAACAUGUCUAGUUUUUCCGAAUUGAGUGUCGAGACGAUCCAAGACAGCCUCUGUGAGAGCUACAAUACAUCCUUACAUGAGCCUGUUGCUCCUGUAAUAAGAGGGUGGUCUAGAAAAGUAAAGGCUUUCCUGAGUGAGGAUCACUACCAGGAUAUAUCGAAAGCUUUGUCCAGACAGCAUACAAAGGUAUUUCGGACUGAGCAAGCUAACGAAUCCCCUUUACUUAUUGUAAAGCCUAAGGGCGAUAGCCCCGUAUCAUUUCAACUCCUGCGAGCUCUCAAAGGCGCCUUUACGAUUGCAGCCUACAACAUCCUCGCUGACCGCUAUGUGACCACAGACCACUACCACCACUGUCCACCUGCCGCGUUAGGGGAAAGCUAUCGUCUUACGCUUGUUCAGAAGGAGGUCCAGGAAAUAGCACCGGAUAUCAUUAUCUUUGCCGAAAUGACGGUUGAUGCCUUUGAGAACAGCUUGGGGGUCUUUCUUAGAAAUUCGAUGCACUAUGAGGGGGAUCACCUGGUGAUUACUGACCGGAAAGGCGUACCUCGCUGUUCCAUGAGCGAAACGAAUGUGAUGAAUGAAGCCUGCUCGCCAUAUAUGAAAGACACUGCGGGUAAUGCUCAAGAGAAUCCUGUGGGCAUCUGCAUGGAUUCUUCUAUAUCCUGUAAAUUUUCCAACAGUCCAACACUUUCUGGUUCACCAUGUGCCACUGACUAUUUUAGCGAAAGAUGUUUAGUAGAUCAUGAAAAGGACGAGAUCGAAAAAAAAAAUCUUGGACUUGUUGAAGUUGUUUCUCGUCGCACAGAGAUGGAAGGAGUUGCCAUUUUCUACAAUCGGGAUCGCUUUAAACUUCUGGAGAAGAUACCUAUUCGUUUUAACAAUGUUGCUGUACAAGACCCUGACAUCACUGAUACUGAGCUGAGGAAAUUACAGAUAAACACGCACAACGUGGCGCUGGUCUCCGUACUCCAAGACCUAACGACGCCAACACAGAUUUAUAUAGUGGCUGCCGUCCACCUAUUGUACCAACACGUUAAGUUUCAGAUUUGGCAGAGUCAUUGGCUUUUAAGUGUGAUGGAGGGUCUUAAGUGGAAAUAUCAAAACUACGACGAAUGGCUACAGCGCCAGAUGCCCACGUUUUCCCUCGGUGUAGGUUCCCAACCCUUUCAUCGAAACGACUUGACCUCGCUCUAUGCGGUGCCCGCCUCCUUUCCCGACGAAUCCUCGGAUCCGCGGCACGUCACGUGUCUUAUAGCAGGGGACCUGAACGUCGAUAAGAGCAGCCCGGUUUAUAACUAUAUCCUGAAGAGUACCAUUUUAGCCUCGACGCCGGUGCCGCAGCGUUGGGGCCCGUCCGGGGAACCGGGCCGGGAGACUUCCCAGAGCUAUGCCGAGGAGGGCGGGUGUGGUGGGUUUAGUUCCUCCGAGUCCCCGCGGACCUGCCGCGCGACGCGGGCCUGCCUCCACGGCACACCCUACUCGAACGAUCACGCGACCACCACGGCAUCUUUGGAAGGGGUAUCGUUGGACCCGACGCGGGAAACGUGGGCGGUUCCUAAGGUCAAUACGACGUUUGCCACCUCUUUGGUCUCGCAGAAAAGCUUUUUAUCUACGUCAUCCGAUAUUCUACUGGAUAAAAAUACUCUGUUAGACAUCAACAGUAAGUGUGGUGAUGCGGAUGGGAGUAGUACUGAUCCCAUGCCGCGAGGACGGACCUUUGGUUCGCAGCAAAAUCUCGAAAAUCGUCUCCUAAGGCCCAAAGUCGAUGAGCACCACGUUGUUCAGUCAUCUGACAAACGUGAUAUGUUUGAGGAGGCGUCCUUUUUGUCAUACCCUUUUCCUCAUUUGCCGUUUCACCGACAAAGCCCCAGGUUAAAAAACAGUUCGGUAAGAGAAUCCUUUUGGCAUGUUGAUUCCAACACAACAGGCAGCUUUGAGUCCUCCGAGCUAAUCAAAAAGGACAAGCUCGUAAAGUGUCAAGCUACCUCUAGUAUAGUCGUCGAAACCAGUCGCGAUUGGAAUGUGAGCAAUGAGUUCACAUCCCCUUUGGGGCUCUCCAAGCAUUUCGACGCCGCUCUGACAAAAAAUGUGUCUGUUUCUAGCCUAAAAGAGGAGCGUGACCUAGACGUAAGUUCCUCUUUACAUCGGUCAAUGCCUCUCGAGGGCUUGGACGUAGCCAGCAGUGAGGCAAUACAAAAGGGUUCUAAGAUGGCAUCUGUAGUCCUAGCCUUAAACCUACUUCCUCUUAAAAGGCCGAACGCUACGGCGUUUGAACAGCAAAUGAGUUCAUCUUGGUCUCAUUUGAUAGAUCACCGUGAAGGCUUGGACUCCCCAGUAAAAACUUACCCCGCUUUUGAUCAGACUAUUUCCAGCUUUUCGCAAACCCCACAUCAGUCGGAUUCGGCGCCGUUGAUGUUGGAAUCCUAUUCUUCCAUGUAUCCGCCCGAUAAGAAGUCCGCAACCCCCCCACUGUGUAUUAUUUUCCCCAAAUUCCUACAUCAAAUUCGUUUUAGCGAUACCUACGAGGCGUACUGUAUGUCCUAUCCUUUGUUUGUGUCGGCGGUUAAUCCAUCCACGAACAUGGAGGGGAAGGUGCUGGACCACAUUCUCUACGAAGAGGAUCAGCUUACGUGUCUUAGUGUGCUGCGCUUAGGGGACAACCGCUAUCUCCCUACGCGAACGAUUCCAAGUGACCAUUAUAUGGUUGGUGCGCUUCUGGUUCCGAAUGUGUUCCUCACUCAAGCCCUUGAGCAGUUGCAAGGUCCUAGUGAAUGA